AUGUAUCAAAUUAAAUUAGUCUCUCUCACUUCCUUCAUUCGUAAACAAAAUAGUAUUGAUCUCAAAAGAGUUGUAUACAUGUUUUCAACAUUUCAUAAUUAAAAGCUACUAAAAUGGAUAAUCUUAAUCAGCCUAUGAACAUCACCGAGUACAACACCCUAAUCACGAACAUUAUCGAAUCCGCCGUCGACGAGCUGAUCCAGAAGCGCGAAAGUGGCAAGGAAUCGCUCCUGUUGCACCUCUGUCGGCUGUGCGCCCGGGAGGAACCCCUGCUCCUGGACCUGUCCGAGCUGCAUCUGGACCUGAUCAACGAGCUGGCCAUCAGCGGAAUCGAUGCCAGCGCCGGGUGCACCAAAAUCUGCUCAUCCUGUGCCGAGUUCUUGGGGCGGAUCCGCGAGUUCCGCUGCCGGUGCGAGGACGGCCAGAAAAAGAUCAGCUCGCUGCUGGCCGAACGGAGCGUGAUUCCGGACUUCUUGAACUUGGACUUCAUCAAGUCGGAGGAACACUACGGGGGGUUCAGUCCGCCGGGUCACCCGGCGGUAGAUGACCAUUUCGCCGAAGCGGAUGAUUCCAAGAUUGACCAGGAUGACGACGAUGAAUCCUCGGAGGACCAUUUCGAAGAGGAAAAACCCGCGAAGGAGUCGAAACGAGUUCACCGAGGUACUCAACCCAAGAAUUCGAAGGCAUCCUCCUCUACGAACGAUUCUCGGCGGCGAGUUGUCAACGGGAAGCUCCAGUGGGUUUGUCUGGACUGCGAGCAAACGUUCGAAAGCUGUACUAAGCUGAAGAAGCAUCGGCAGACCUGCGAGAUGGUCGGAAACGAAAACUCCAAACGGAGGGGACCGUUCACUUGUGAUAUCUGCGGACAAUCGUUGCCAACGUUGAUGGGCCUCAGAGUCCACGUGCACAAGCAUACCAAAAGUGGCGCGGAACAGGAGCAGAAACCGACCAAAACAGCGGCGGGCAGUCCACCGGCUAAGCUGGCCAUUUGUCACGUUUGCGGGAAGUCGUUCAGCAGCACGAGCACUCUGCGGUCGCAUCUGAUUUUCCACCGGCAGGAGAAGCGACUCGAGUGCCAGAUUUGCAACAAGAAGUUCCAUAAGCUGUACCGCCUCAAGGAUCACCUCAAUUGCCAUGCGAACGUCCGACGCUAUAGCUGCGACAUCUGCGGUAAGGCGUUCUUCACCAAGGCCAUUCUGUACAAACACACUCGGUCGCACGAUCAAAACUUCCGGAAGCACCCCUGCACCAUGUGCCCGAUGCUGUUCGCCCAUCCCUACCAGCUGCGAUCGCACAUGAUGGUCCACACCGCAGAAUAUCCGCACGGGUGCAAAUUGUGUUCCAGUAAGUUCCGCUUCACGUGGGACCUGAAGAAGCACUACGCCAAAGCACAUCCUCCGCUACCGGAGGAAGACACUCCGGAACCGAUCCACGUAGUCGAACAUCAACCACUCCCUCUGCAUCACCCUCCACUAGAUGAGGUGCUCCCGGAAUCGCUUAUUCCUCCGGUGGAACCACUACUUUCGUCGCUACCACCACUGCCGGAUCCGGCAGUGGAAGCAGAUACCCUCCUUAAAGAAGGCCAACACGACGAUCUGUCCGUCAUGCUAGCGCACAUUCCACCCCACCAGCAACCAGAACUGACGCCAUCGGUGGCCGCCGUUCAACCGGUGGUGACUGAGCAUCCCUUCGGAGCCGAACACCUGCUUGACGAAGCAUCGCGGGAUUUUACGACCGAUUGCUUCCCGGCGGAUCAUUUGGACGGGAGCCAUCCGACGGCCGAUGACGAUUUCUAUACUUUUAUGGAAUGUUAAGGGGAUAGUUAGUAAUGUCGAAUAAAAAAUGUGAUAUAAAAUAAACAGGCGAUCUAAUUUUACCACACAA